UUCGAGUUGAUCAAACUGAAAGUAAUGUUACUUGAUCUCAAAAUUAAAUCAUCUUGUUUAACAAUUAACUUAAUCCAAUUGCUUGUUAUCAAAUCAGUAUGGACAUCAAUAAACCUGCCUCUAGAUGAUAAAGGUCCAUUAAACAUCACAAUGAAUAUGAUCAUUGAAGAUAUUAACUCAAUCAAUCCAUUAACUAUGGAUUUUAGAUUGGAAUUUUUUCUCACUCAUAAAUGGAUAACAAUUAAAAAACAUUGUCAAUCAGUGCGUCAAUCAAUUGAAAGUCGUGAAACAAUUGAAUCAAAUGGUAAACCAAUCAUUUUAAAAGGUAAUGAUUUAACAACAAUUUGGGUUCCCGAUACUUUCAUUUACAAUGCUAAGCAAGUUGGUCCAACAACAUUUGAUGAUGGAUACAAAAGUUUAAUUGUUUCAUUUUCUGGGCCCGAUAAAUGUUCAUUUACAUACACACUUAGACUUUCAGCUUUGAUUCCUUGUCCAAUGAACUUCCGUUGGUAUCCAGUUGAUAAACAAAUUUGUCGAGUCUCAAUCAGAUCAGGUUCUUAUUCAGCUGAUCAAAUAAGUUAUUCAUGGUUUCCAAAAGGAGUAAUCAUUGAAACUAAGGUUCCUCUCUUACAACACUCAUUGGGAAUUAACUAUUACAAAUUAAUUGCUACUGUUCAUGAUCAAGCUUUAUUCACCUGGUUAAUUGUUGAUCUAACCUUUACACGAAUCAUAUCUUAUCAUGUAAUUCAAAUCUAUUUACCAACAAUUAUCUUGGUAACAAUUAGUUACUGUUCACUUUGGAUGGGUAAUGAUUAUAUUGCUGGUCGAAUCACUCUCGGUGUAACAACACAAUUAGCGUUAAUUACUCAAUUUUCUGGAUUAAAAUCUCGCCUUCCUCAGGUUUCCUACAUUAUUGCUCUUGAUGUAUGGAUGAUUGUUUGUAUGAUUUUCAUUUUCUCAACCAUCUUAAUUACAACAAUAAUCAUUGUUAUUAAUCAACAUCAGUCAUCAUUGUUAUUUAAACAAAUUGUUAAUAAUCAACGCACGGAAAAUCAAUCAAGAAUUAAACAAUCAAAUCGAUUGGAAAACAAUUGGUUAAAUAAGAUUUCCUCUUAUGCUCUUAAUCAUCAAUCAUGUGUAACUAAUCAAAGUAAAAAUAACAUUGAAACAAUUAAGUCUGAGAUGAUGAUUAAUCCAAAGGAUAUUGAAAAAUCAUUACAAUUAACUAAUCAUCUUGAAUAUUUAUCUGAUAAUAAUCAAAUUGGUGUAAAAAUUGAUCAAAUCUUACGAUUUAUUUAUCCAAUCAUUUUCCUAUUAUUUAAUUGUCUCUAUUGGUUAACUUUGUUCAUCUGAUUAACUAUUAUGAUUAACUGAUUCAGUUCAUGUUACACUGAGUAAUUUCAUUAAUUAUCUGUCAUAUGGUUUUCCAUGUAUCAUCAUUUAUUAAUUACAAUUAAACAAAAAGUUUGUACUAA